GCCAGGAGGAGGAGAGAGUGCAGGAGACAGGGAAACAGGGCAAGGCUUGCAGACAGGACUGGCUCCCCAGUCUCUCCCCACCCCCCACCCCUGGGCUGUGUGUGUGCUGGCUCCCCAGUCUCUCCCCACCCCCCACCCCUGGGCUGUGUGUGUGUGAUCCUGGAGCCACUGCAGAACCUCACUGGACCUCUGGAUUAGGCUGCAGGUGUGAGGUAUAAAUACCAGGCCAGGGGAGGGGUCUCCUCACUAUAAACUUGGACACAGGCUAUGGCUGUGAUGGGAUGUGACCUUCUGCAUUGCUGAUUGGACUUAUCUGUGGCCUCCAGAGGAGAAGAUCCGGGAUCCAGGCUCGUGGAGACGAAUUGUGGAUUAUCUGGAAGGAUGUACCAGAGUAUAGCCAUGGCAGCUAACCAUGGGCCCCCGUCCUAUGAAGGGGCUGGGGGUUUUAUGCAUACUGCUGCUGCCACUUCUCCUGUCUAUGUUCCCACCACUAGGGUGUCCUCCAUGAUUCCUAGCCUGUCCUACCUCCAGAGCAGCGGACCUUCUCAGCAGGGCAGCCCAGUGUCUGGACACAACAUGUGGGCACAAGCUGGGGCAGAGGGACCAGCCUACAACCCGGGGACCCCCCACCAGCCUGUGUCUCCCCGCUUCUCCUUCUCCUCCAGCCCCCCCAGCAACGCUGCCUCCUCCAGGGAGGUCCCCUACAGCACCCCCCUGGCCAUCUCUGCCAAUGGAAGGGAGCAGUACAGCCGGGGCCUGGGUGCUACCUACUCCAACCCUUACCAAGCUUAUGUCACCCAGGACAUGGGCAAUGCCUGGACUGCUUCUCCAUUUGACAGCUCCAUGCUCCACAACCUGCAGAACAGGGGAUGCCCAACUGGCACCCCCAGGUACCCCAACAUAGAAUUUUUUGAUGAUUUCUCUGAAGGGCGAGAAUGCGUCAACUGCGGAGCAAUGUCCACCCCUCUGUGGAGGAGGGAUGGUACAGGCCAUUACCUGUGCAAUGCCUGCGGGCUGUACCACAAGAUGAAUGGAAUCAACCGUCCACUGAUCAAGCCCCAGCGGAGGCUGUCUGCAUCCCGUCGUGUUGGCCUGUCCUGCGCCAAUUGCCAUACAACCACCACGACGUUGUGGCGUCGGAACGCAGAAGGAGAGCCUGUAUGCAAUGCCUGCGGACUUUACAUGAAGCUGCACGGGGUUCCAAGGCCCCUGGCAAUGAAAAAGGAAGGCAUCCAAACAAGGAAACGUAAACCAAAGAAUCUAAGCAAGUCUAAAACACCAACAGGCCCAAAUGGCAAUGACAGCCUCACUCCUUCCACUAGCUCCAACAACUGCUCCACAUCAGAGGAAAUACGUCCCAUAAAGAUUGAACCAGGCCUAUCCCCUCCGUAUGGACAUUCUUCCCUGUCUCAGGCCUCCCCAUUAUCUACUAUCACAAGUCAUGGAUCAUCUAUACAUUCAAUGGCCUCCCCUUUAUCUACUAUCACAAGUCAUGGAUCGUCUAUACAUUCAAUGGCCUCACCAUUAUCUACUAUCACCAGUCAUGGAUCAUCUAUACAUUCAAUGGUAGGUCUAAAGAUGUCUCCUCAGACCCAUCACUCUUCAAUCAACACAUCCCCACAAGCCAGUUCCAAACAUGACUCCUGGAAUAAUAUGGUCCUCGCUUAAAACCUGCUGACCACUCACCCCCAUCACCUCCUAACGUCACUUGAACAUUGGGCUUAACCGAUGAUUUGGCCGUUGUACAUUGCAGAAACUGGACCUAACAAAUGUUACUCACACAGAUGUCUCAAGUUCUCCAUAGGCCAAAAGACUUCUGCUACUAGAGAAUUUAAAGGAACUACUAGCAUUUAAAGAAAUUAUGUGUUGUUUCAUAGCAAAGAACUGUUUAUAAAUUUGACCGUAUUUAAUGUGGAAUGCACGAACAUAUGUGUGCCUGGUGCAGAGUUUUUGGUUGCACCUUGACAUUUCAUCCUUACCAAACAAAACAAAAAUCAUACUUACCAAAAAGAAAAUUUUUGUUAAAGUGGCAAAAACGCAAACAAAAGAAGACUGUUUGGAAGUCUUUCAGGUUCUUUAGUUGAUAUUUUUUUUUUCAUGAUGUCCACUGUGCUCUCCAACUUCUGUACACUUUGCCAUGAAGAUUUGUUUUUAACUUCUUCACCAUAAUCAUCAUUAUUUUGUACUAGCAACAAAUUGUAGAAUUGGCUUUACUUUAGUCUCUCCCAUUUGCCAGCAAUUGUAGGUGCUUGGUCAUGAGGCACAAUUAAAAUCCUGAAUGUCUUAUAAUUAGACUCUCCAUUCAAAGAGAUUUUGAGAACUCAGGUAAACAUCUGUGACUAUCUUGUCACCAGGUCGUUAGUACAGAUCUAUUAUGGGAUGUAAUAUUAAGUAAAUCCAUUGGUCGUUUUAUAUACACAUUAUUGUUCAACACAGACAGCAAACCCUGAAUCACUGUAUAGAACACUAAAUCUAUUAUGUUAAGGUUGAAAUAUUGCAAAGUGUUAUUUAAGUAUCAUCAAUCUCUAAUUUUGUAAGAUGUGUUAAAUUAAAUAGAAUUGAACUUUGCAAUUUAUUUAAUGUGAAAUUUGCAUCGAUUUGAUCACAUUUGCUGGUAUGAUGCCCAUCGUAUUCUGUUUAGUGGGUAGUAACUCAUUAGUGCCUGCAGGUUUCAUUGUUCUAAAUUGCUGUUAAUAAAAAUAAGGUUUAUUUGCCAAGAUACAGAUGAGCAAAUUUGCAGAUAAAUUUCGUGCCACAACCCUUACAAUGAUACAGUCUUUGGGGGCAAUCGAGUAAUACGAGCUUCUGGCGUUCUAAUUGUAUGUGAUGGCAACUCGUAACCAUUAACAUGGCAGAUUUUUCUCAUAUCCCAUAGAAGUGCGCAGGAAAAAAUAUGCUCUGUUGAGCUGCUGUAAUUCCAAGUGAUGUGCACGCUGCAAGUUCUCUCAAAAUUGAAUUGCCCCCUUUUAGAGUCCCAUUUUCACUUUGCUUGUCAGCGGAAAGCCAUUUCACACUAUAAUUGUAAAUUUGUGAUAUUAAUAAUCUCUGGAUAAAGAUUAGACAAGGUUGGUCAAUUGAUUUUGUCAUAUAGUAGGGUUGAGGUAGGACUGGGAUUACCUAGGAUCAAAUACUGCUGCAAAAAUGCUAAAUUUCAUUGGAAAUUUGCAGAAGAAGUUAAACAGUGUGCAAAUAAAUAUUUCCAAACUUCCAAAGCAAUACCACCACCUAUAGUCUAAUCAAAGUACUACACUCCAUUUUAUUAAACCUGUGCAGUUUAGUGCAUGACAGAAAUAGAUGUUUUAAUCUUUAGAAGGAGGUACAUUGGUCAUGAUGUUAGCACAAAGUGACUAAAUGAAAUCAUAAAUUUGCAUUUCCAACUAUUUAGUAUUAAAGAUCACCUCAUGCCAACAUCAGACAGCCAUUUAUGUAAAUGAGUCUACAUUUUUAGAAACUGGCCAGGGGCAUUUUCCUGCCAAGCCAGUGCACAUCGCCCAGUAUUUACACAUGCAGAAUGCGGGCAAUAUAGACACCUCCCUUCCUGCAGGAUCACUGAGAAGGGGAGGGGGGGGGGGGGUUUGGCUACACUUCCCGAAUCUGGUCACACCUGCACAGUGCCCAGGCCCCAUGGAAAUCUCAACUACCCUGCCUACCUGAAAAUCUCCAGCCUGAUCCGCCCCAAAAAGGCCACUCUUGGCUCAGAGCCCACCUCAGUUCUAUGCUUGCUACCCCGCUCCUUACUGAGAUUCAGGACUGUGCCACAGAAAAAUGGCAGUGCAUCCAUGGAGAUUACAAACCAUAAAGUCUAGGUGGACCUUGGAAGAAUGACAAUCCUCCUCAUGUCAUGUUUACAAUCUACUUUUUUUCUUUCCAAAUGUGCUCUUUUUAGAAAGCAUUCAUAUAAAAAGCCUAAAAAGAGCAUAAUACAUUGAUAGCUUACAUACUCAAUGAAUAUUCAUUAAGUCGACAAAAUGGCCAUCUCCAUUGAGUGACAUUUAUGGACCAACACAUACUCAGUCACUACUACGCCAUGUUUGCAGGGCCUGGUGUCUGCACUGAUAUUGUUCAGCAGAAAACUUGGAAAAUAAACACAUUCGCAGCAUUCUAGGAGUAUCUGUCAGAGUUUUGAUGGGAUUUGAUGGCCCAUUGUGUGCAGAUGACACGUGUACUUUAUAAUGAUGUCUUCUCUGGCAUCUCUAAAAUGUAUAAUUCUGUUGUUUGUCUUUCUUUUGUUGUUUGCUUCACUCCAAACCCAUUUCCUAGUUGUUUGUAUGUUUGAGCAUCUGCCAGUAGAAGCAUUUUACCAGCACCUUGAUGUCAAUCAUUAUAGGAAUACUAUUCAUUCAGAUAUAAAUCUAAACAGUAUCCGGAUACAAGGCUGGCCCGAGCCUAAUUUUUUUUAGUAAGCCAAUAUAUAUUUUGGCACCCCUUAGUGCAAUAUAUAGGGUGUGGCUUCAUGGGGAAGGUGCAUGGCCAUAGAACUGUCCCUAAGCAUGCGCCCAUUGGCAGGGAGGGUGAGAUGGGACUUGUGUAUAGUUUUCUGUCUAUGGCAAUGUGCAGCGGAUAGCCCCCUCCUCUCAGCCAGCAGCUGCAUAAUCCCCAGCAGCAGGCACUUGCCACAGAAAGUACACAGGAGGCAGCAUUCAGGCACUCACCUCCGACUGGGAGCAGGCAGCAGAACGGCAGAAGCACAGUGCCAAGUGGAGCUCCUAUGUUCUUCCUGGCAGUGUGACCCUCCUCUCUGGCGAUCUCUGUCUCAGGCACAUAUAUGCGAGCAAGGGGAUAGACGUGUGCAGUCAUCCAUGCAUUACGGUGCUGUCUGUGGUGCCUUUUGCAGAGAUGGAUGUGUUGGACAGGGGCUGUUCUGGCCAGUUAUAAAUUAUAUCAACUUUUUCAUGCUUUGCUAUCCAUGUGGACUACAACUGGGAAUUGGCCAAAGCAUGGCUAGUGAAGCGAGACCAUGAGGGUACACGUUUCCACUCAUUUGGCUUUUACAUGGUUCAACAUACAAAAUGGCACCCUAAAAAACCCAAAAGCCCUGUAUUGACCAUUUUUGUGUUGACCAUUUUCAUGUUGACCUUUUCACUGUGUCAACCUUUUGUACCUGUUUUUUGUACCUGUCGAUCUGUUUAGGUGUAUACCUUUUACCUGUAGACCAAUUGACCCUGUUGACCAUGGGAAUUUCGACCAGAUGGGGUCUAUCUAGUGAUUGUCCACCGAAUUUAGGUUGACACAACGAUCCACACCCAUCUAGACUGUGUUAAACAUCACUUUGCUUCUGUAAGAAUUGAGAGCCACAAUAACAUAGAUCCAUAAUGUCCUUAAGCAGUUACAUUAAGCCUUCAUAUACAUAGGCAGAUGCAUAGGGUGCCAGGGAGCACUUAAAACACUGGUUGAAAAACCUAAUGUCACUCAUUUAGUGUCUUUAACUUUCAUCGUCUUCCCCCUGCCAGUUGCAGCGCCUUCAUUUUUGUAAUAGGUUGGGUGUAUGGUGCUUGGUUAUGAUGUCAUAUCCUGCUCCGCCUCCACAGAAAAAUGUUAGGUAAAAAGCACAAGGAGGAGGGCAUGUAGUCAGUAGCUAGUUAGCCUAAUGUUACAGUGUGGCCAUUGCCAUUGGAGAUGGCCAUUUUGUGGAUUAAAGCUAUACUGGGCCCAUCGUUUGCUUGUACCUAUUAACAUCACUGAUACCUCAUGCCCCAACAAUAUAGUUAUUUCCCAGUGAAUUCAUAGGCUGCAUUCAGAAGUCAGUUCAUUAAAAAGAAGCCUUUUUGAAAACUUCCCACAUUUUAUGAUUGCGUAGAAAGUUCUAGAUAAUCUAAUAUGUCACAAAGCACAAUCAGUAGCGGGAUGUGACCAACAGUCACUUAAUGGGCAAUACAUAAUGGUGACUGGCUUCCAAUGGAAAUCAUGACUUCACUGGCCUCUCUUAAAUGCAAUGGCAAUUCUAUGAUUGAUGAAAAUGUCUUUAAUAAAGAUAAAUAAAAAUGUUGAUUAAAGAAAAA